AUGCGAGGCGUCCGUCGCCCGCCUCGCUCGGCGGGACGUGCCAAGACAUCGCAGGCGGACCCUUCGUUGGCACAGAUCCGAGAGUUCUUCCAUCUUCCCGUUGAGGAGGCCAGUGAGCAGCUUGGUGUCAAUAAAUCUAAGCUCAAGCGGCUCUGUCGGGAGAAUGGAGUGUCACGUUGGCCUCAGCGCAAGCUCCAGUCCCUUGUCGCGCUGCGCCAGCACAUACAGAACGAUGACCGCCUGCUUCCACACGAUCGGCAGGCGGUGCUGUCGAGGUUGGAGCUGCAGUGGGCGGCCGUGCUCGCUGAUCCCGAUAAGCCGCUUGAGCGCGAGUUUGAGGACAUGCGGAAGAACUUAUACAAGGUCCGGUACCAGAAGAGAAAGCAACAACGGCUGAGCAGCGGGUCCGGGUUGUGGGUCGGUGACGAGGGCGAGGUGGACGAAGGAGAGGAGGGAGACCCGGAUGAUGAAGGUGGCGAUCACGACGAGGACGAGGACGAUGACGAGGAUCAGGAGGCAGCAGCAGCCGAUGUCUUGCCGGAGCGUACCCGGCUUGAGGGGUCCCGCUCUGAAGCGGAAGCGGCCGCAAGCCCCAGGCGGCGGCGCCGCUUUGACCCUUCCAGCGAUCUCGCCACGAAAGAUGAAGCGGAAGAUGUGGCUGGAACCGCUGCCGGUGGCACAGCGCCGUCACCAUCGGCGUUACGUCGUCGGCGGCCGCAUGGACUGCCACAGCCGCAGGCGCAGCGGAGACGUCGAGUUGGCCUGUUGGCGAGCUCUCAGCGAGCGCAACGGCGUCGGCGGCGAGCUCAAUGGAGCACUAGUAGCAGUAGCAGCAGUAGUAGUGCCAGCCCUUCCGUUGGCGACAGCAGCGAUGGUGGUACCCAGCAAGGAGCUGUCGAAGAAGGCGGCAUAGCGGCCGGGGGCCCACACGGAGGCGGCAGCGAACACGGCAGCCGCAGCAGCAGCCGUCGCCGCCGCAGCAGCGGCGGGGGGGCCCCGGGCGGCGGCCAGCAUUCUAGUGCUGCCGGUGGCAGUAGCAGGCUGAGAAGUGAAGUCCAUGCAAGUCCGCAGCGGGCGCAGCAGCAACAGCAGCUGCUGCUGCGACUGGCUAGUUCAGGCUCGGCGCAGGGAGCAGUUGGCGGAGCUCCUCCCGAAGGGGACGCAGCCGCAACCGGUGGGCUGGGUCCUACAGAAGAGCCUAGGCGGAUUAGUCUGUUUGGUUCGGGGCUGUCCGUACAGUCUGGUCCCGACAGGAGCGCUGUGGGGCCGUUGCAACGGAUGCGCCUCAAAUUGCGAGCUCCCACGUUGUCAAGCGCACCCCGCGACUCGCAAUCCUCUCCGCCAACGCCACGACAACAGCAGCAGCUGCCGCUGCUGCCAAAGCAGGAGAUGCUCGAUUUGCCGCCGAUGCCGCCACCACAAAUGCAACUCAUUGGACAGCAGUCGCCAACGGCCCCGCAGCCACAGCUGUCGCCUCCCCAGCGGCGGCGCGUCGAGCAGCAGGUGCUAGGCGGCGGCGGUCUGCCGCUCCCACGAUCGCGGUCGCUCCCACAGAGCCGACGUACCUUGGAAUCCCAGCAACCGCAACGGCAGCCGCAUACUCUCCUGCGCAAUCAGGAUGUAGAAGUACGGAGGCAGCAAGGGGGUUCCGGAUCUGGCGGUCAAAGUUGGCCAUUGAGGAUGGAGGAGCAGCCGCAGCAAGGGCAGUUUUGGCAGCAGCAGCAGCAGCAGCUAGCGGAGCAGUCAUCAUUGGAACGGCUCCAGCAACCACAACUACAAACGGUGCAGCCGCCGCCGCCGCGCCCGUGGUCGCAAUCCGUUAGCAACGUGCAAGAGGCGCAGCUUUCUGGGCCUCAGUUAGGGCCAUCGGGAUCCGCUUCCGCCAUGCCGUACGGCGGCGCAUCGCAACAGCGCCUGUACGAGCAGUCCCAGCCAACGCUGCAGCAGCCGCAGACGCUAUACGACGACUGGCGUUUACAGACCUCGCUGCAGCCGCUGCAUGAACGCGCACUGCAGGGCCAUCAUCGCCCGGAGGAACUCUCGCCGGCUCGACAACGGCCGCAAGGUCUUGCGGGCCAUGAAGGCCGUGUCGUGAGUGGUGAAGGCGGUGGUGGGGCCGAUUUUCGGAACGCGGCGCAAGGCGACAGCGGCAGCGGUGGCGGCGACGAUGAGGCCGCCCGGUGGCCGUCAGGUUUGCUUGCUCACGAUGCGGGUGGCGGCGGUGGAAGUGGUGGUGGCAGUGGCGCAAUGUACCUUGGGCCGCAGCAGGGCGGCCCCGGCCUGGAGCCGCCCAGUAGUCUACGAGAAGGGGGUUCAAGGGGCCUUCCUGCCUCAGGUGCCAGUCCCCCUGGCGCUGCAGCCGCUGCCCCCGCGCUGUCCACCGGCCACCCCCAGGCCCCAAUGCCACUGCCUCCGCGAUCCUCCCUGCAACAGCCGCAGCAGGAAUUCCUAGGGGCCCCUCCGCCGGGGGCCCCAAUGCCUCCGACACAGGCCACCAGACAGCUGCCGCCGCCGCAAUUUUUCCUGCCGCCGCCACAUAUGCAAUGGCGUUCCGCUCACCCUUUGCAGCUGCCGGCACAGCCACAGCCUCGGCCGCCCCGAAUGGCGCCCGACCGGCUCAGCCCCGGACCCGCGGGUCGCCCGGGUGCUAUGGGCCACCUGCUUGCGAGACACUCCUUUCCCCCGCUGGCCGCACCAGCGGCCUUGACGCCGGCCGAUUCUCGACCGGCAGCGGCCGCCUCCUUAACCCCUUUCGCUGCAGACGCGGCCACACACGCGGCAGAGCCCGACCCCUCGACAGCGAGGUCCACAUCCGACGCCGCAGCACCAACGGCAGCGACAUCGAGCUUGUACGACCAGAGCUUAUCUUCAGCUCCGGUCUCGGCCUCCAUGGUGCCCACACCCGCCGCGACGGCAGCGGCCACGGCAUCAUUCUCGACGCAGAUGGGCCCUCCAAGCGCUCUCAGUAUCGCCGUUGAGUCCCGUCGACAACUCGCUCUGAGUCAGCGCUUGCAACAACAGCAACAACAACAGCAACAACAAGCUCUGGCGGCUCACGCCCACGCGCAGCAACUCCAGCUGCAACAACAGCAGCAGCAGCAAGCGCAAGCACAGGCUCAGCAGCAGCUGUUCCAACAGCAACAAGCGGUACAUGCGCAGCGGCAAAUGCAGGCGCAGCGGCUGGCCACGCAGUCGCCGCAACGGCCACUAAGCCCACAGCAGGCCCAGGCCCAGGCCCAGACGCAGCUCAUGUUGCUCGAACGGCGAAGGCGGCUUGCGGAACUGCGCGGCAUGGAAUCUACGGCGGCUCCAAUGGGACCGGCCGCUACCGCAGCUGGCGGUGGCGCGACCGCCACCCCGGGCUCCCUCGCCGGCAGCGUCAUGGGAUCCCCCCUCAGCAUGUCCGCACCCACGCAGCUGUACUACCACCCGAGCGGCCUAGGGUACCCUUACGCACCGCACAAUGAACGCCCCAUGUAUCCUUCGGCCGCGUCUUUGGAACGCUCAAAUAGCGGUAGCGAGCGAGAGAGGAGUACCUGGGCUGAGGGCCAACGUUCCGGAGCAACGGCAGGGGCAGGGACAGGGACUGCAGCAGCGCCCGGCAGCCUGGGAUCUAUAGGCAUUGAGGGCGGCCCCUCGGGUGUUGGCGGGGGGGGCGGCGGCGGCGGCGCACCAGCGCCUGGCGGCGCGGCGGCGCAACCGCAGUGGCACCAACAGCCGCAGCUACAACUUCCUCCACCUAUGCACUAUCAGCAGCAGCAGCACCAUCAGCAGCAGCAGCCGGCACAGCACUACCAGCAGCCGCUGUCGCAGAGGGAGCGGGCUCUCCUGGCCCUGCACUCCGUGGAGCCGCUGCGCGCGCCCGGCCCGGGCCUACCGCCGGAUCCAACACCCCAUCAGCAUUUUCAACCGCCUCAGCAGUCUCUGCUCCGAGGUGCCGAGGUGAUGGCGCCGGGUCCUCCGCCACCGUCAAUGGCCUCGCAGCACGCCGCCUUUCCCGGAGUGGUCGCGAGGCGGGGAAGUGCCGACCCAAGGGAUAGCCCAGCGGCCGGGGGCAGUGUUGGGGUUCCGACCAUUGAGCCGUCGGCGGCGGCAACGGCGGCGGCGAUAGGUCAUGAAUAUCGUACACGUACCGUCAGCCAUUCGGCCGGCAGCGGCGGUGCCGCAAUGCUCAGUUUACCGUCCGAACAUAUUGCACCGACGCCUAUGGCCGCCGGCGCCGGCGGCGGCGGCGCCGAAGCGGCUUUCGACGUCAUUAGCUCGGCCACGGCACGGCGUGAGGACAUCGACAGCGCCAUUGGCAGCAGGUCCGUGGCACAGCUCGGUUCAGCCCCCGCAACGACGCCUGUCCGCGGCGGUAUCGUCAGUGCCGCAGAAACCCUUGAGUCCCAGUUGAGUCCUGGCGGUGGCGGCGGCGCCGGGGGCUCCGGAGCCGCGUUGUCAGAGCGCCAAAGCCAGUGCCAGGCGGGCAUCUCUCUGCCCGCUCACCCUGACCACCUGGGUACUGAGACCGGCCACAUUGCGGCUGCCGGCGGGGAAGCUGAAGCCGCAAAUGAGACUCCUGCCGUCGCGGCGGCUGGGGCGGCGGCAUCCAGCAUCGGCGGACACGACGGCGGUGGCGGUCGCGGUUCCGCUCCCACAGCGGCCAAUCUGCAUCCCUCUUCACCGUUGCACCCCAUGGGCCUAUCCGCAACAAGCCAAGUCCUACAUCUGCCGCCACCGGCGCCGCAAAUGCCGGUCAUGCCGUCGGUCACUGAUGCACCGCCACUACCGCCGCCGCCACCGAUGCCGCCAUUUGGCGGCCCCAGCGGAAGCCCACUGGCGUUGAAGCUUUUGUACGACACCUGGUCCGGCAGCCCUAUGGACUCGUCUGGGCGCUUGGGUGCUCCACGUGUGAGGUCCGCUCCGUCAGGCCUCUUGCAGUCGGCCGGGGCCCCGGGGGGGGCCCUCGGAGCGGGGCCGGGGCCGUCGGACAGGCAACUCGGGGUGGCGGGGCAGCUGCCUUCCUGGGGCGGGGCAGGCAGCGCCGGCAUCAGCGGGGACGACCUACCGACCCACGGGUCAUUCGGCGACAUGUUGGCCGUGUUCGGUGACGCCCAGGUGCAAGAGGAGGAAGCUGGUGGCGUCGUCGUCCUCGGGGACGUCGCCUCUGUGGGCCCAGGACACCGCGACGUGGUAGCAGUGGCAGCAUUCACCGCCGCCGCGGCAGUUGCCAUGCUGGGGAGCCAGCAGCAGCAACAUCACAGCCCGCAAGGCUGGCAAAGGGAUCCGGGGUACGGAGGAGCCGCCGCCGCUGCCGCUUCCCCUGCCGCCGCUGCCGCUGCCGCAACCACCAUCACCGUAGCAUUGGGUGCAACCUGGCCCCCUCAGGCACGACCGCGGCAGCAACAGCAACCGAGGGUGCUAUUUGGCGGCCGUAGCGUCGCCGUCAGGCCCAAAACGUUUAGCGGCCUCGGUCCUUCUUCGCGGGCACCAGCUUGUUUCGGGUAG